AUGCCCCCAACUUCCCGCCUGCCACUUGGAAAUAUCUCUCAGGACCAGCUCAACUCGUUUGCUCACCUAUCGCAAACCUCUGCCUCAUUCGAUCCAAAUCAGCGACCUCUCGCGUUUACACGCUCCGCCGCUCUGGGUGCCAGUACACAGAACGACGUCGUGAACGCAGUAUGCAAGAACUACACUUUACUAUUCGCGCGAGGAACUACAGAACAAGGCAACAUGGGAACACUCGUUGGACCGCCAUUGGCGCAGGCUCUUGGUAAGGCUGUCGGUGCAGACAACCUUGCCGUUCAAGGUGUGGACUAUGCCGCCAGCGUUGAAGGAUUCCUUGCUGGCGGAGAUGUGGACGGGACUAAGACGAUGGCAGGCUUAGUCGCAAUGGCCAAAAGUAACUGCGAGAACACUUCGCUCAUUCUUAGUGGCUACUCCCAGGGCGCUCAGCUCGUUCACAAAGCUGCAGACAUGUUGACCGCCAACGAAACUUCAUUCGUCUUGUCCGCGGUUCUCUUUGGUGACCCGGACAACGGGAAAGCUGUAGGGCAGAUCGAUAGCUCCAGAACAAAGGUCUUCUGUCACGAGGCUGACAAGAUUUGCGAUGGGCAAGCCGUGGUAGAUGCAGCGCAUUUGACCUACAGUCUGAAUGUGGGAGAAGCGACGGUAUUCGUGCUCAAAGGCAAGGUUCUCGAAGCGUUGGCAUCAUAUUCAUUGAAAGACGACAAGACAAAGAAAGUUUCCGAGAAGGCUGUGAAGGCUUCCAGAUAUGAGUAA